AUUAAUUAUUCGUCUGUCGAGCGUUGUCGUUGAAGUGCGGUAUCCAGUCGCGUAGAUGUAUGUUAAGUGAAAGCUGCCGUGUUUUUUUGGUUGAAGAAUUGAUGAACAUUCAGUGAGAAUAAGAUCCAAUAGAGGAAAGGCGAUAUUCAUCGUUAACCUGAACAAAUUAUGAAAAGGAAAACUGAGGACCAGCCCGAGAAGCGUUCCAAAUAUGCGAGAACAUAUUUCAGCAAGCUGCUCGGAUUCGACAUCAGUAAUGAGCUGUGUAUACACUUCCUGAAGAGAAGCUUCGGACAACAGGAUUGCUUACCAUCGCUGGGAUUGGCGGUACUUAAUCAACAAGACGAUAAUCCCACCCCAUUAGUCAAACUGGAUAACCCACCUUCGAUCGGAAUGUCGUCUAGCGGUGCCAGUAGCAGUAGCAAAGGACGCAGUCCCCUGGCCAUCGUAUCCAAUCAAGGGAACAGUAGCAACAUAGUGCAAAAUUCAACAGGGCCAGUAGCGCAGCUUCCUACGAUGGCCAGCGUUGGUCUGCAAGAUCCAGUCAAUCUACGGAAAUACUACAGUAUUGUAAACGACGAACGGUUCUUUCUGUAUAGGAAACGCAGCACCAAGCACAACACGGGGGAAGAUUUCUUUUCCCGUUUAUCAGACGAAAUGAUCCUACAGAUCUUUCGGUGGCUUCCGAAAAAGGCCCUGCUUCGCUGCAGCCAGGUUUCUAAACGACUCAACCGGGUCUCACGCGACGAAACUCUCUGGACUAGGCUGGACCUGUCCUGUAAAGCAUUGCGUGAGGGUGCCCUGGGACAUGUGCUGAAUCGAGGGACAGUCAUACUUCGGCUAGCACAGGCACAUGUGACUGAUCCAAUCUUUCUACCCUGUAAUGUCGAACCGACUUUCGAGUCGAAGGUUCAAUUUCUUGAUUUAAGUAUGUGUUCCAUCGAUCGUCAAACGCUACAAGAGUUGCUGUCCUGCUGUCGGUCGCUGCGGAAACUAAGCCUCGAAAAUGUUCCGAUCGACGGAGGGUGCUGCCAGGAGAUAGCCGACAAUGAAAAUCUCGAAGCACUAAACCUUACUAUGGCAGAAGGGUUGGAUGCUUUCAGUUUGACCCUGCUGUUGAAGAAGCUGACCAAACUUCACAGUCUCAACAUCAGCUGGACAUCGCUAUCGCGGCAAGCCGUCGAGGCGGUCGUUAACCACGUGACUCCCAAUUUGCUCCGGCUGAACAUCGCCGGCUGCCGGAGCACACUGACAGAUGCUGCCCUUGACAAACUGAUUGUUCGCUGUCCUGGUUUGCUAGAGCUAGAUCUCUCCGACUGUACCCAGCUUACCUCCGAAUGUAUCGGUAUGGUGUGCAAACUGAGAAAGCUCGAGUACCUAUCAUUGUCUCGUUGUUACAACAUUCACGUUACAGCUUAUUUGCAACUUAGUGAACUACACUCUCUACUCUUCCUGGACGUGUUCGGUCUGCUAUCGGAGCAAGCGAUCGUGAUGUUGCAGACUUCCUUUCCGGGAGUUGGUAUCAACAAGUUCAUGCACAGUUCGGUGGCCCGACCAACCGUUGGCACUAGACGUACGUCCAUCUGGGGGCUACGGACGCGGGACUAAUUUAUCUUCAAUCGUCAUCUACUCUAUAGUCAGCCAUUGUCAAACAUCUUUCUGUGGAUUACAACCAGGGCUACAAAAAUCUCAAACCACACAUGAAGAUCGAUUCAGAUUCUACUAUUUCAAUAGUGUUAAGUUGUUGAGAUAGUGAAUAUCACGACGAGAGAAUAUAACAGCUAAA